CGAACAUCUUGAACACCGCAUGUCGCUGGCAGGAAUCCCGCAAUCCGCAAUCCGCAGCUUACACCCUACAGCUUUUGACGAAGAGCACAAGUGGGCAGCUAACGGCAAUCCUUCUACGCCGGGGACCGCAAUUGGUGAAGAAACAUCGCGCGUGCGAGUUCCUGAGGGAAACCAUACCGGUUAUCUUGCACAAUGGGACGAUAUAACUUAACUGCACUUCGUGUAAGGCGGACCGCCCUAGCUACUACACAAUGUGGUAAGCCAGGGACGCGACAGCCUUGGCUGGAUGUCAUGGCAGAUAUCCCGCCAGCGUCAAUUCUUGUUCGCAAUCAAGCCCCGUCACAUCCUAUCAUCAAACAACGAAUGAGGACCGUUCCGGGAAAGUCAAAACCACAACUUGAAAUCAGAACGUCCGUCGGCCGGAAGCAGACCUCGAAGAAACCGAGCCGCGUCUUCCAGCCGAAGGAAAUACGGUACGAGGAAGACCAGCUACGAAAGGAAUUCUUUCGUGAUCAUCCAUGGGAGCUUGCUCGGCCACGAGUAGUUCUUGAGAAUGACGGAAAUGACCAUCGAAGAUACAACUGGCAGAAUAUCCAACAGCCGGGAAAGAAACUUGAUGGAGAAAGUGUCGUACAACGGCAACUAUACCUCCUCAACAAUGUCCCGGAUAUGACUAAAGGCGCUGCAUAUGAUAUUGCCCGACGCGAAUUCUACCAGCUGCGUCUACAGGAGGAUGUCGAGCGAAGGGUUGCCCAGGAGGAGGCCCUGGCGACAGGCGCAUAUUUCGGGCCAGAUAUGCACACUGUUGGAAUGGAACUGGAGAAUCAAGAAUAUGAGAAAUGGAAGGUAUGGGCCGAGAGUGAAAACCAAGCGAUGGAGCAGCGUCUGGCUGCUUUCACCGGCUCUACUGGUGCUAGGGAAGAGAGCGGCGAACCCGACGAGGAGGCCCCUCUGAUAGAUGAGGAAGAUGUGAUAGCAGCGCCUGAAGUAGCAGAAGCCGAAGUGCCAUCACGGUCUCCCAUCUAGUAACAUUGUGGGGUUAUUCAUUGUUAGAGGUCAUUCCGGGGAGCCAUGCACUGAGUAGUAUUAAACAAACUCUGGUAUAUCAAGCCGUAUAUUUCCACUUUGUAUUUUUAGCUGAAAAUACCACAAACUGUCACUCAGUAGCUAGAGAUUUCCCUGUGAUACUCAUUGAUGUAUUGCAUGCCAAUCUGGAGAUUUCUGGUCUCUCUGCAGCACGGGUAUAAUAUGUCUCCAAUAAUCGAUUCCUUGACAUCACUGUUUCUCGGUAUCAGGCCAAAACCAGCGCCUGAGGAAAAAAAAAAAAAAAAAAAAAAAAA